AUGGAAGACGAAGCUAGCUCGACGAACGCAUUGAAUGUGCGGGUACUUAAGUUUCACUAUCCUCAAGUCCAAUCCAUUGUCGACGUAGCAUCGCACGUUGCUGUCUAUCAAUUCGAUGUUCAGCUUCAGAAAUGGUUAAAAUCGUCUGUUGAAGGAACGUUCUUCUUGGUAAAAGAUCAAGACAACAGACUAGGAUACAUUAUCCUUAACAGAAACUCGCUUGAAAAUCUUUUUUUUGUAUAUUCAACAGGGGUCUGACGUCCACUUGGUAGACAAUUAUCUUAUCCAUAAAGUCUACAACCAUCAAGUUAUUG